AUGUUUGCUAGAGCGGCCAAGCAGCUCACAAAAGAGCUGGACUCUGACGGGAGGCUCAUUCCUAUAUCCAGCUUGGCUAGUGCCAAUAGUUACAGACCCUUCGCUUUGGUCAUGAAGGAACAGUCCAGGCUGCCUUGGCAACCCAGAAAAUAUCUCGCCACCUCCUACAAACUUACAGACGUAUUUAAAGAAGGAACAACUAUGGAUGCAGAGGUGCAAUAUGAUGAUGUGUUACAAUACUCCGAGACCACAGACUGGCAAGUAGGAGGAGAGGUCAGCCUUCCCUUUCAGAUCACUGAGGUGGACGUUGGUGGCUCAGGGAAGAGUUCAUUCUCUGUGUCUCAGAUAUCCGUGAGAAAAGCCUACGUGGUUGAAAAAGGGCAGUGGAAAAUUGACACAUCGCACAAGUUCAUAAAAGAAUUUUCAGGCUCCCGUAGGAGGAAGCUGUAUGUCGUGACUGAGGCUUUUGAGAUAAAGGAACCAUUGCUCAUUGAGAAGAUGAGCCAGGGAGGAGGCAAAGUCAUGAUCACAGCAGGGGAAAUAGGUAGAAUACAGGGGCGAGGCAAGAGCAUUAAAAACAAGACUAUGAUGAUUCCUAAGGACACGGUGCUGGCAUAUGUCGUACAGCCCCUGGAUAUCCAGUAUGAAGAAAUUCUCUGUGCCAGAGAGUGUUCAUUUGUUUUUGAUGGCUUCAAGGAUUUGUUAAAGCCUUCACUAACAGCAUUUCAGGAAGCGAAGGACACCAUCAAAGGAGAAUGUGAGCCGCUGAUGUCUCUGAGUCAGGAUUUCAGGAUCAAAUUGCUGGGAACCUUUAAGAGCUUUCUGCAGGAUGGUGAUGUUAUAUCAGAUGUUAAAACUGUGCUGGAGCUUUUCUUGGCGGGGGGUCAACCUAAGCACUCAAUGCUGGACUCGUUGGAUGAAAUUCUCCGGCCUCAGGUGGAAAAUUUGCUUCAUGAUUUAGGAGUUUUCUGUGAGGAUCAGAGAGAAGAAGCCUCUUCAUUAUUGCAACCGGUACACUUCCUGUGUUCUUCUUUAGAAGAUCUGGACUUUAGAGUGCUGCCCCUGCUUGUGACCUGCAUAGAGAAGAACAUGGUGGCCAAGCAGCUUGCACUGAUGGAUGGCAUCUUGGAGUGGAUUCUUUCCAGUGACAAAGAAAGCAUCUUCAGCCUGGCCUCUUCUCUGACAGAAGAAGAAAAGAACAUAACUGCAGAAAUGAUGGAUACCUGCGGACUGAUUCCACAGACAGACAGACCCUCUCUCACCUACCCGUGGAAUAAGGAAGCCAAAUCAAACCUAACUGCACUGUAUGCAGCCUUGUAUGCUUUGCGGAUUCUAAGUGGGUGA